UGAAGACGAUUGGCUCGCUCCUUUGACUGGCUUCAUGUUUUGGCCAAUGGUAGGGCAGCACAGGGAUCGCUCUAGAUCCAGCCACCAGAACUCUUCAUUGAGAAAAGUCCACAGGCGAGUUCUUAUCCAAGGAACUACGUGGGGAUGUGGGGGAGGAAAUCUGCGUUGAGUUUAUUUUACACUGCCAAGACACUUCACUAAUCAAAGUGAAGACUCCUGCAACAUGGACGGCUUUUAUGACCAAGAGGUUCCUUUUGUCGUCCCUGAGAGUAAAUGUCACAUAGAAGAAGCAGAGAAAUGUCUCAGCGACAGGAAAAGGAAGUUCAUGGACAGAGAGCUGGCUCAGGACACAGAGGAGCUUUUUCAAGAUCUGAGCCAGCUCCAAGAAAUAUGGAUCGCAGAAGCUCAGGUUGCAGAUGAUGAGCAGUUUGUCCCAGAUUUCCAGUCCAAUAACUUGAUGUUUCACAGUCCACCAGUCUGCAAAGUGAAGCGGGAGCUCAGUCCGUCCAAAGACCUGUCGCCCUGCAGAACGCCUCGAGCUGACCUGUGUCUUUAUAGUUACAGUGCCCAUGACAACAAGCCGGCUCUGACUCCAGCCUCCACACCUGCAGCACAGUGUGGCACCCCCUGUCCUACUGGACCUCCACCCUUACAGAAGCAGUUACAGCUGUCUACCCCCCAGCUGACCAGUAACUGUCCCUCAAGCAAUGUUUCUGCCCUGAGCCCCUCCCACCACCACAGCCUCCCACCCGCCAACCAGAGCCAGCAGUUUGCUCUGCCACGCCCCCCCAUCAGCUGCCCCAAUGCACCUUUCGGCACAGUACAAAGCAGGGUUCAGCGGCAGCUGUCUGAGCCCUGUCUGGCUUUUCUCCCUCCGGAGAAAACACCAAGCUCUCCAUACCACCCCUCGAGCUGUGACAGGCGCCCACUGUACCAGCGCCACCUUUCAGAGCCUCUGGUUCCCCACAGCCCUCGAGGUUUCAAGCAGGAGUUGGUGGACCCUCGAUACCCAGAGCCAGGACCACCUGGUCCAGGACUGGCUCGGUUCCAGACCACGUUCAACCAUGUCACAAUCAAACAAGAGCCAAGAGACUUUGGUUUUGACACAGAGGUACAAACCUGCCAAUCAUCAUUUGGGAAGACUCCAGUCUUGUACCAGCAUAGCAGUAUUGGAUUUGGUCAGGGCAGGGAGCCACAUUUGUACUACGAUGACACUUGUGUUGUGCCAGAAAGACUGGAAGGGAAAGUGCAGCAAGAGGGGUUGCCCUACCAGCGCCGCGGCUCCCUGCAGCUCUGGCAGUUCCUGCUCACUCUGCUGGACAACCCUGCUAACGGACACCUGAUCGUGUGGACGGGACACAACAUGGAGUUUAAACUCAUCGACCCUGAAGAGGUGGCUCGGCUGUGGGGGAUCCAGAAGAAUCGACCGGCCAUGAACUAUGACAAGCUGAGCCGCUCGCUGAGGUACUACUACGAGAAGGGCAUCAUGCAGAAGGUGGCUGGGGAAAGGUACGUCUACAAGUUUGUGUGCAACCGCGAAGCGCUUUUCUCUAUGGCUUUCCCAGACAACCAGCGGCCUAGUUUGAAGGCCGACCCAGAUGCGCCCCUGCCCCCCGGCAAGGACGACAUUCUCCCGCUGCCCAGCUACGAGGAGGAGGGUCCGUACCUGACUGACAGAGGGGAGCAGUGCGUCCAGGGACUGGCUUUCCUCGACGGCUACUCAGUCUAGACCAGGAGGAAACGAGGAGCCUGAACUUAAUGAGCUGUGUUUGAGAUGUUCAGUGUGUAUCCCCACAAUAUGUGUCACAGCAGAGAUGAUGUAGGUAAUGAUCUCUUCUGCCAAAAGGUUUGAUUGCAACAGUUCAGCUCUCUGCUGUAGCAGAAAUGCAGUUCUGUGUCCAAAUUUCCUGCACAUCUGGUUUGGUUGUAUGUGUCCUGCCAUGGGAUUAGGGCCAGUGGUAGCUAAAAACGGGAGAUUUGGAGAAUAAAACAUUCUGAGGUAACAUAAUUUUACUCGAGCAUUUAAGAGAAAAGUCAUUAUUAGAUUGUUAUAAUAUUACAAAAAUAAUAAUUACAUCAGAGAAAACACAUGUAAUUUUACAAGAAAAAUCAAGUUGUACAAUAAUGCGACACAAGCAUCAGACGGUUUUCUUAUACAUUUUUUAAACUCAGUAAUACAAAUGUUCCUCAAUAUUACACCUCUUUGUCAUAAAACCACAACUCUGCUCAAAUAUCUUACUAUUAAUAUUAUGACUUUUCUCUUAAAAUAUUCAAAUAUUAUUCUAAAAUCUCCAUUUCCCCCCCUCACAGUGGCACUAAUGCUUGGUUGUAUUUGUGUAGCUGUGGUCCUCGAGCACGUGAACUCUGGGAUCUGUUUCAACCAAAAAGUAUCUCGAAGCCAUGGCGUUCCUCUAGUCGCUCACUCGGACCUGCUUUUGGGAUGAGCCCUGCUUGAAGGGGACACGUAUUUUCCAGAUGUUAGAGUCCUCCUAUGAACAUGUAUAUUGAAAUGUCUUUUGUGUACUUGUUUUCAAAACUAAUACUUUUGGCAUUACAGGGACAUGUGAGUUUUUCCUAUAACUGUUUUAUGGUAAAGGUACAGCUACUAUUUUUGAUUCUGUAAUACUGACACUCUGAUGGUAAUAAUAUGGAUGGACUUUCUUAUUAACAGCUCACCAGUUAUCGUACCGAUAGAGUUUUCUGCAUUUUGUAUAGUUGAUUUGCUUCGAUGUGUAGAAAAGGUGUAUAAUUAUACUGUAUAUGAAUAUAUUUUUGCAAAAGGCUGCAUACGCUUGAAGUUGUACUAUGAGCUGCAGAGUUUAGCCUACUAAUGUACUGCAUCGGUUUCAGCCUUUGAUCCUGCAGAUAGAAACUGGAUGUUCUGGUUUGCUAGAUGGUUGAGGAGGCUGGAGGUGUGACGUCCACCCUCAGAUACUGGAUGUGUGCCUUCUGCUGAACUUUACUGAUACAAUAAACUAUUUUACUCUUU